CGUGUGUGUGUGCGCGCGAUCCUGACGUUUUUCGCCUCGAUCAGCGGUUGCGUAUUCGGUACGUGAUGCCGGCGGCGCAUCUGACGCUGCGCGAGGAGGAUGUGGUACGACUAACCUUGGAGUUCCUCCACAGCCGCGACCUUCACAUCUCGCAGCUCUCGCUGGAGCGAGAGACGGGUGUUAUAAACGGUCAGUACAGCGACGAUGUCCUCUUCCUUCGUCAGCUGAUCCUAGACGGGCAAUGGGACGACGUGCUCGAGUUCAUACAGCCGUUGGAGGCGUUGCCGGACUUCGACAUGCGAAAAUUCACCUAUUCGAUCCUACGGCACAAGUACGUCGAGUUGCUGUGCAUCAAGUCCGAGGCGAACGUGAUCGCUGUCGGGCCAAACGGAAGCGUCGAUAACGCGGUCGAGGAGGUUGUCAAGGUGCUCAGCGACCUCGAGAAGGUUGCACCUUCCAAGGAGGAGUACAGCGGUCUCUGUUUACUGUUGACGCUUCCGCGACUCACCGACCACCUGCAGUAUAAGGACUGGAAUCCAAGCAACGCGAGGGUACAAUGUUUCCGGGAGGUGCAUCCGUUGGUGGAGAAAUUUCUGCCCGGAGACAGAAAGAGCUCCGAUCCGUCGCAUCCAGUCACCUCGGCGAAGAACGAUCGUCUCAUACAGCUGAUCAUCAAAGGGAUCCUGUACGAGUCGUGCGUUAAUUACUGUCAGGCGAAAGCUACUGGCUCAAAGGAGAGCGAGCAGGUAGAGAUGAACUUCUCCAGAUUGCUGGACGGUUCCGUAGGCUUCAGCGAUUCCGAUUUAAGCCUACUCUCUUGGUUGCAAAGUAUACCGCCGGAAACGUUCGCCGUGCCGUUCGCCCAACGAACGUUGAACGUGGACGUGGAACGGCUCGAGAGACCAUCCCUGGAGACCUCCUGGACCGAGCACAUGUUGAUCACCCCCAUAAAACCGAAAACGUUCCCACACAGCGCGAUGCCGUUCACCAGGCCACGAUCCGCCGCCGACAUGAUGUCGCGUAGCUUGGUCCCCGCUCUAGAAGCUGGACUCGGACCAAGGAGUCCCGGGCCUAAAAAUACACCGAUACCGUCUGCGGCGCUAAUGGCGCUCUCGACCGGCGACAUAAAUCCAAUGUCGAGAUCAUCUUUCGCGAGCUUUCACCUAACCGGUUUCAAGAACAACAAACUGAUGAACACCAGCGUGGACAGGCUCUUCGAGAACGAGGGCGAUGUCUUCCUUAGCUCGAGCUACGCCGAAUUCCAGCAAUUGCCUUCCAUACAAGAGACGACCAACAACGGGCAACCGAAGGCGCCGCCUAGGACCAGAGGACAGUCGAAGAGUCCCGAUGGUGUCAAAGCAGAUCCUUCAGCGACCUCCACGCCGGAGCGUAGAAUCGCCGGCAGAGAGUCCCCGGCGCCAUCGACAGCCAGGAGUUCCAGGAGGGACUCCCUGGCUGAGAAACCGACUGGAGUCGCGGCGAAGAUCACUGAGCUCAGCCCAGUCCCUGUUCGAACCUCCCUAGGCGGUGAUCACCUCGAGCAAAGUUACAACGGCGACCUGUUCAAAGAGUACCAGAAGCAGAAGCAGAGGUUGCAGGAGAAAUUCCAGCAGAGGGAAAGGGAGUGGGACGAUCUGGUCAGGCAGUUGUCGGCUCCGAUACCUGCGCAGUUGGUCGAUAACAGACUUCAAGGUGACGGCAUGAAGCAGCCUUUGGGAAGCAAAGGACCUUCACCUGUUCAUAUGAGCACACCUGUUCGGUCUGGCAUCCAGUCGCCGAAACCCACGAUCAACGGAUCCGAUCCAGUAGUGAGACAGAACUCGGUGUUAAGUACUACCUACGAUACCAGAACCCCGGAGAGUCAUUACGAUGUCGUCAAGCCGAUAAAGCAGGAGCCGAGGCCGGAACUGGACGUCAGCAACGGUAGCAGCAACGGCGGACGACCGAGAUUCGUUCCUGUGACGGCGCUGGAAGAUGUUCAGGCGGUUCGAUGCGCGGAGUUCCACCCCCACGGGAAAUUGUACGCCGUGGGAUCGAAUUCGAAGACCCUCAGAAUAUGCUCGUAUCCAAAGCUCCACGAUGUCAGAGAGGAUCAUCAGACGUAUCAGCCGACUGUUCUCUUCAAGAGAACGAAACACCACAAAGGCUCGAUAUACUGCCUCGCGUGGACACCGGAUGGACAGCUGAUGGCAACCGGAAGCAACGACAAGACUGUCAAACUGAUGCGCUUCAAUGCCGACACGUCGAACCUCGAAGGUCAAGAAGUCGAGCUGACGAUGCACGACGGCACGGUGCGUGAUCUGUGCUUCCUCGAGGACACCUCGAACAAAUCAAGCCUGUUGAUCAGCGGCGGGGCAGGUGACUGCAAGAUCUACGUAACCGAUUGCGCGACAGGUACGCCCUUUCAGGCGCUGAGCGGUCACAGCGGUCACGUGCUCACCCUCUACAAUUGGGGCGGCGCGAUGUUCGUCAGUGGGUCGCAGGACAAAACCGUCAGAUUUUGGGAUCUUCGAACGAGAGGCUGCGUGAACAUGGUCACACCGGCUACUGUACCUGGCAGCAGGGUCGGCAGUCCGGUGGCGGCGCUAUGCGUCGAUCCGUCCGGGCGUCUUUUGGUAUCCGGUCACGAGGACAGCAGCUGCGUGCUGUUCGACAUUAGGGGCGGUAGGACCGUUCAGUGCUUCAAACCACACGCCGCUGACAUCAGGAGCAUACGUUUCUCACCCUCUGCGUAUUACCUGCUCACCGGUGGAUAUGAUAACAAGCUCGUUCUUACGGAUCUGCAGGGUGAUCUAACGAUGCCGUUGCCCAGCGUGGUGGUCGCGCAACACCAGGACAAAGUAAUCUCAGGCCGAUGGCAUCCGUCGGAAUUCUCGUUUCUCAGUACCUCCGCUGACAAGACAGCGACUCUAUGGGCCCUGCCACCUGUCUAAGGUCGACGGUGGUCGCCAAAGAUGCGCGUCCCUCAUCCGCGUCGAUCGUUUAUUUUCUUCUUUUUUUUUUCUUCAAAACGAUCGCGCCCACCUGAUCAUGAUCGUUCGUUCUUUUAUUCUAAUCUAGACGUACCAUUUUGAUCAUAUCCUUUUGUUUUUCUUUUUUUUUUUUAUGUAUAAAGAAGGGACACGCGAGACACAAAUUUUGCCUGUAAUCGUAAGACGAGUAAAUAAUCGUGUCUGUCUAAAAUAACAAAACAAAAAAAAAAAAGAAAAAGCAACAUCAACGUAGAAAUCGUUGCCGGAAGCAUGGCGACGCGGGAGUCGAAGAGGAGAACGAGCGAUCGCGAGCGAUAUCGACGUAACACAAACACGGGAGGAAAGUUCUCAUCGUGCAUUCGCGUCUAAUUCAACCAUGACCAAUUAAAAAAGCUUCCUGAAAUCUCGCGGAGAUGUGUAAUCGGACGCAACGCCGUGACCUGUUGCGAUUAACAGUUAAUAACCACGCGGUGAGAAAAGAGAGGAGCAGCGUCGCACGUGUUCUUUUGACUUCGAGUAAAUGUUACCACGUUUCGAGGGCCACCGAGUG